CGUAGGAGCGGCGGCAUUAAAUGCAAAGGAUAUCUUGGAAGAUAUCGCCCGCCGGCAUUGGAAACACAAAGAUACGCAGGUAAAAAUGGCGUUCGUGGUGAGAUUGGUCCCUGGGGAAUGGAAAAAAGAUGAAAACGGCUUUUUCGAACACGUUUCGCAGAUGGAUGGGUUUGCACUAGCAGUGCGACUGCGAGAGCAAGAUGGGUUUGCCAAAGUGGUUAUGGCGGUAAAAGAAAAGUUAAUGCUGCGUCCUGAAGACGAUAUCGAGUUAACGUACCAGUGGCCACAGUGGAUGAUGGGUCCUGAUUGGAGACGCGCAAACCCGAUCGAUAUAUUAGACGAUGAAGACAUGACUCUGUUCAUGGCAAUAAGGGCGGAUCUAGAUGAAGUCCAUCUGCGGGCCAAGAUUAUACGAGGUGGGAAUGAGCGAAACGUUAACAGUUAUCGGAGUAACAUGGAUCUAAGCGGCCUAAGUUCGAAAGAAAUAUCGGAUAGAUACUGGAAUAGCGCAGAAACGAGGGCUGUGUGGGGAACCGCGCUAACACGAAUGUUACUGAGUAACAUUUCAGGUGACGCAGACGGUAUGACAACCAUGGGGAAAGACAACGAGAUGAACAUAAGUAAAGCCGGGGAGCAGCACAACACGUAUGGAGGGGUAACCAUACGAGACAACAUGGAUAUUACAACCGGGACUAGCGGGACGCCAACAAAAUUAACACAACCUGGAGCAAUUACAAGCUUGAAGGGAAAAGAGAAAGUUAUUGAUGACGAGGAAAGGGAAAGAGAUCGUUUAUUUGAGGUGUGGCAAAAAACCCAACAGGAAGAAAUGUGGCGAGAGAUGUGUUCAACACAAAUGACCCUAGGGGGAACUCAAACUAAUCCAACAAAUGUGGGCGAGAAAGAGAAAACAGCGAGAGUCCUAGAUUUUGGAGGUAGCGAUCAGGCAAAGGGAGAUCCAAAUGAGAAUUUGCGUCUAACCCUUGCGAGUGCAGAAGCACAAGCUGUUGGUCCACCAGUUGUCGCUUUAUCGUCGAGCGAUUCAUCCUUCGGAACGCCAACUUCGCUUUCGACAAGCAUUUCUUUCAGUACCGAAGAUGUAAUGGAUGAUACUGGCUCGUCGAACAACAACAGCUUAUCGCUCUUAGACGACGGAUUAUCCACUAAAGAAAUAGAAAUGCCAUCAACUAACACAAGAGUGUCGGAGGUACAGAGGAAUGAGAUGAUCGUGAAGGAUACACCCGUUCCAACGGUCUUCUAUGACAGAGAUGGCCCCCCAUAUUUCGACGAUCCAGGAGAGGAAGAUGCUCUCCAAAGAGCCCUAAAGGAUGCUGACUAUGAAGGAGAUGACAUUUACAUAGGGAGGAUUUUCAAAACAAAAGAGGAUUGUGCAACUAAAUUAGCCAUUCAUGCGAUUCGUCGAAAGUUCCAUUUCAUAUACGCGAAAUCCAGGCCUAACGUUGUGGCAGCUGUCUGCGUCAGCCAUACAUGUCCGUGGCGGGUUUAUGCAACUAAGCUAGCAGAUAGCGAUCGGUUCCAGGUUUACCCAAUGUCAUCUCAUGCUGCUUGCAUCGUCCAUCUGAAAAGGAACAUUGAGGCUUACUUUAAAUCUGAUCAGCUAAGUGCCCUGGUAUCAAGUGCAGCGAGAGCUUAUCGGCUAAGUGACUUCAACCGGAUUUUUGCAGAAAUUAGGGCUAAACAUGGACCGUGCGCUGACUACCUUGCAGAGUCUAUCCGCACAACUCUCGUAACAUGGUUUGCGCUUAGGAGGCAAGCUGCCCAGCUUGAGGACAAUAUCCUACCACCAAAGGUGCACGAUAUGGUAAUCGAAAAUUACGAGAAGGGAGCGGGAUGUGCUGUAAUAAAGAUUAGGGAUGGGCUAUAUGAAGUUAGAGAAAAAGGAGGCGCAGCUUUUGCGGUCAAUCUAUGGGAGAGAACAUGUACGUGCAGGGAGUUUCAGCUGCUAACAAUCCCUUGCUCUCAUGCCAUAGCGGCAGCAAUACAAGAAGGAAUCCGAGUGGACACAAUGGUUGGAGUCCAUCACACCACCCCCAGCUUAGGGGCCAUAGAGAAAGGGAGCAAGGAAGUUUUUUGGCGAGGAAAGUGGUGGAUGGAUGUUGUCAGGAUUAACAGAGAAAAAGGUCUGGCGAUGUGAAAUAAAUAAGGAGCUCAGAGGAUCAGAAAUUUUUCAUUGUAUAUACGUACGGCUUCUGUUCCUUAAAUGUAAAAUUAUCGAAUCCCAUCCAUCUUUAAGGAAGGAAUGUUCAAUAUAAUGACAAUGUUUAU